AUGACCUACGUUGAACAGCUUUUAGAUCAGUACCUGGAAAAGUUCCAUAAGCUGAUCACUUGCCCUCUCACCAAUGAGCUCUGUAAGGGUACACUUCCAGACUACAAGCUCUUCACUUACCUAGUGCAAGACCUCAAGUUUUUCCAAUACAGCUUGAACCUUUUCGGUAAUGCCUUGGUUCAUUGCAGUAACCCAGAAUCUGCCAUUGUCUUGGGUAAACAGAUUGGGUUUAUCUCUAACUCAGAGAACACAUACUUCUUCAAGUGCUUGGACCAAUUGAGAAACGAAUCCAAGGAAGAGAUUGAAGAACACGCCAAAUCAAUGUUGAACGACCCGCCACCAACCCUUCCAGCAGUUAAGAAGUACCUUGACAUUCUCGAGUACUUGACGUUCAAACUGACACUGUAUGCUGAGAUCAUCACCUUUAUGUUUGUCAUGGAGAAGGUGUACCAAGGCUGGGCCGAGUACCAUUUGGAGAAUACUCCAGAGACGAAAAGCCUUGCCUACAAGCACGACGAAUGGGUUGUGUUACAUAGUGGACCAGAGUUUGGAGCCUGGUGCGAUUUCCUUGCCAAAGAAGUGAACAGAGUUGGCAUCGACCAAGAAAGCAAAGCCAAAUGCAGUGAAUUUUUUGAAAAGACCUUGGAUUUGGAAAUUGAAUUCUUCGAUGCCUGUUUCGAUUACCAUGAUUAG